GACAGGGAGCAUGUUGCAGCUGUGCAAGGGCUCAGAUAAAGAACUGAAUGCUGCAUUUGUGUUUGGAACCAAGUAUCAUAAGCAGUGUACCGUGAGCAGCCGAUACCUAUGGGACAAGCAGAGGUUGGAGCUGUGGGAUGUCUUCUACUUUCCACAAAAAUGUACUUUAUCCUGUACCAUUUACUUGUUGUCAACUAUACAAAAGAUGGAGAAUAUGUCAAUCGAGAUGGUGGGAAGUGGCAGUUAACAACAAGGUUGUUUCUGAUAGACAACGUUCUAGCAAGGAAGGAUGGUGCUAUUGACAGCUCAAUGUCAGACUACCUUAGAUAUGCUCGGCACUUGGAACUCAGAAUUAAACUCAAGGAUAAUACUGGAACUGGGAGAAUCAACCAACCAUAUUUCAAAGUGGUCUAUGAGGAUAUACCAAAACAAUCGUACAAUAAUGAUCUUCAAGUUCCUACAUCUUUUUCCGUCACCUAUUCCAUGACACGUAAUAAAUACAAUGGAGAUAUUGAGGCAGCUCUAGUUAUCCUGGCAGGAGCUGGAGGUGUCUACGGCAUCGUAAAGACAUGGGGUUGGUCAAAACGUGCUGGACGAAUUGCUAUCGACUUUCUGACCCUUGUUAAGAUGGUGCUAUUCGCCUGUGGACCAGUCGGAGAUAUGUUCUUUUUGGUGAUGUUUGGUGCAGCAUUCUGGGAUCUCAUUGUUUUUAAGAACCAGGACAAGGUGAUAUUCCUCAUGCGUAAUGCCGAUGAAGAGAUGAACUUCGUUAUAUAUGUCUCGUGUGCAUUUGCCCUCAAGUGCUUGGAUGUGUUACAUAUGUUGGUGAAUCAGGUAACAAUUGACAUCUUCCUCAUCGACUGGGAAAAGCCCCGUGGCAAGGUCAGCAUUCCCAGAUCUAAUAACUCUGAGGAACAAACCAAGACGGCACCUGUCAGCAUUUGGCGCACGUAUUUCGUAGCUAAUGAAUGGAACGAGCUGCAGACGGUCCGCAAGACGAAUCCCGUCUUUCAGAUAAUUUCAGCAGUAUUCUUUUUAAAGGUGAUUGGAUUUGAGAACUUGGCUACUGUUGAUCCAAACAGCAAUUUCCAAAAGGAAGAGGGUGCCUAUGACUGUCCUGAUAGUCGCAUGGCACGAUUGGCUAUUGCUGUUUCAGUUUACAUGGUUAUUGCUCUUGUGCAGUGGGUGUUCUUCAUGUUCGUGUAUGAGCGAUUUAUUGAGGACAAGGUCCGUCAGUUUGUCGAUCUUUGCUCUGUCAGCAAUGUGAGUGUGUUCAUCAUGCAGUAUGAGCAAUGGGGUUAUUACAUCCACGGCCGCUCUGUCAACGGCGUGGCCGAUACCGACAUGUGGGAAACGUACCAACAACUAAAACGGGAAGAGCAAAGCCUGAGACAAAGCAGGGGUCUGUUGCCAAACACAGAUCAACAGACGUUCCAGAUGGCCAUAUCGAAAAAACUCAGAGCCCACUAUGAUCGAGUGUUCUCGCCAUUAACAUCUAAUCAACCUACUCAGAUGACUAGUGGACCUAGUGCAGGUCCAUCUAGAGCCAUAGAUGACAUGCGGGCUGAUCAGGGCAUCCAGGCCUAUCUUACCAUCAACAAGUUUCUCUCUGGUUACAUAGACCAUUCUCUCCGUGACAUUGAUUAUGUCGUCAAGGAUAAAUUGUUACUGGAGAAUGUGCUGGAUGUGGAACUGUAUGACACGUUUGAUACUGGUGUGUUUUUCACAGAUAGCGGCCAUUCAUUUGACAAGGUUCUGCUCUAUGGCAAUGAACUGAAACUGCUUGUGUUUGACGUGAUGUUGUUCACCAUUGUGGAUUUGGCUGCCCAUGACUUUUUACUGGCAGGCAUCAUAUGUUAUUUUGUUACACAGGGCAUUGUCAUAUUCCGAAACAGCGGGGGGAAAAAGAAUCUUGCAAGGAAGACAUUAGUAGAUGAGAGGUUCCUGAUUUAAUCAUGCACCAUCUACUGAAUAUCAUUACUACAUUCCGUCCAUUUCAUUACAUCUUGCAUCUUUAAGAGUCCAUGUUGUGUUUUAUUUACAUUGUGAUUCACGUAUGAAUCUUGUUCUAUUGUUAGUGAAUGGAUAUUGCACUUACACUGAUCCGUCAGUGAUCGCACUGGCAGUGAUUUGCUGUAAAGAAUAUCUUUAAUGUUGUCUGUAUAUCUGCUGCAAAUUAUGCAAUGCUUGGCAUGCAAAAUAGUGUGAAUCAGUUAUAAACGGGUCUAUACUAGCUUUUUGUGUGUGCAUUUUGUAACAAAUGCUAUUUAUUUUAGUUUACAUGUAAUCAGAUAGUUUCCUUAGUAAGUAGUAUAGAUCUACGUGAUGAGUUGUCCAUUGAAUGGUAGUUUCCCAUUUUUUAUACGCAAGGAAUGCAUUUUUCCUAAAGUGCACUUAGCAGGAGAGAGGUACAUAUGAGCAGGAAGUUUCGCAAAGUAACUAUUGCAGUAAAACUAACGAAUUAUUCCUUUUUAGCUCACCUUGACAUCGUCAAGAUGAGCUAUUGCCAUGGAUCGUCGUACGUCCGUCCUUCCGUCAACA